GGAAUCCAUGAGAAGGGUAACGUUAGCUAGCCAACUUUCUGAUUUCCACACUGCAUUCUACUGGCCGAGGUUCGUCCUUUGGAUCUUUCCUACUGCAUUUUCACUGGAAGACUUGGGUUAAAAAGGCACGUCAGCGGAAUCUCACCUGAGCCCGUAAUUCCCUAAAUGCAAACCCAUUGACUACAUACUGCCCAACUCGGUGUAAAUAGGUGUGACGCAGCAACAUAAACACCUCGCCAGCUAGUGGUGACGGUGUCGCCAACAGACAUGCUCUGUUAGACCGUGUUUAUGUCCUGUCCUUGUCUGUGAUGCAUUACAACGGAUAGCUGAAAAGGUCGUUGUGGAAAAAAUCCUUAGGAGGACGAUCUCCUCGUAGAUCAUGUCCGUGAAACAUGCCAUCAGCCGGGGGCUGCAACUAGGGAGGUCGGUGCUCCAUUUCGGUCUCCUGAAACCAGCCGCCCGAGUUGCAGCGAAGUUCCGAGGCGAGCGGCUUCGCGUAGGCCCGCCCGCACGUACCGUUCAGCCUCAGACUUUCUUGCCAGCUCGUUACCGGUAUUACCGCGUUUCCCUCACCGGCCUGGCUGCGCAGCUGCAGUCCCAUGGUUUCAGGAGGCUGCUAGGCGCCGGCUCCCCCAGGAACAGGGCCGUGUUUUUGGCAUUCGGUCUUGGCCUAGGUUUGAUCGAACAGCAACUGGAAGAUGACCGAAGAGGUACCGCAACAUGUCAAGAAAUUCAGGCACUGUUCAGGAAGAAGAAGUUCCAGAGCCCCCUCAAGUCAUUUGCCUCAGGGUACAAGCUGGAGGACUAUGUCAUCGGGCGGCAGAUCGGGAAGGGCUGCAAUGCAGCUGUGUACGAGGCCGCGGCUCCGUUCGCCAUCCCGCGGGAGGUGGAGAAGUGCUCGCUGGUGGAGCUCAGGUCGGGCGGGGGUGACAAGCAGGAGGAUACUGGGCCUCUGAGGUGCCACUCCAUAACCAGCUAUCCACUGGCCGUCAAGAUGAUGUGGAACAUCGGGGCUGGUUCAUCAAGUGAGGCCAUCCUGAGCUCCAUGUGUCAGGAGCUGGUCCCAGCAGGCCCACAGGCAGUGAAAGAGGAGUCAGCAGUGGUUGCUCUGAACGGGCGUUUUGGCUGGGCGCCCAAAAGGGUGUCUGCGCACCCCAAUGUGAUCCGAGUGUACAGGGCCUUCACGGCAGAGGUGCCCCUGCUUCCUGGCGCCCAAGAGGAGUACCCCGACGUCCUGCCCACCAGACUCAACCCCACGGGCAUGGGCAACAACCGCACCCUCUUCCUCGUCAUGAAAAACUACCCAUGCACCUUGCGGCAGUACCUGGAAGUGUCUGUGCCCAGCCGGAGGGAGGGCUCUAUGAUGGUCCUGCAGCUGCUGGAGGGAGUGGAUCACCUGUGCAAGCAGGGUGUGGCACACAGGGACCUCAAAUCCGACAACGUGCUCCUGGAGUUUGACUCCGGAGGGUGCCCCCGCCUGGUGAUCACAGAUUUUGGCUGCUGCCUGGCGGAGAGGGACUGUGGCUUACAGCUACCCUUCACCACUCGCUGUGUGAGCAGAGGGGGGAAUGCCUGCUUGAUGGCCCCUGAGGUGGCCACAGCAGUUCCUGGCCCUGGCAUGGUGAUCGACUACAGCAAGGCUGACGCGUGGGCUGUAGGUGCCAUUUCCUAUGAGAUCUUCGGGCAGCCCAACCCGUUCUACAGCCUCGGGCCGGACGGGCUGGACAGCAGGAGGUACCAGGAGAAGCAGCUGCCCCCGCUGCCCGCCAGCACUCCCACCGACACCCAGCUGGUGGUGCGGCUGCUCCUGCGCAGGAACCCCAGCAAGCGUCCCAGUGCCCGCGUGGCUGCCAACAUGCUGCACCUGAGCCUGUGGGGCGGGCGAGCCCUGGCCAAUCAGGACAGAGCCAGCAUGAAGAAGAUGGCUGAUUGGCUGUUGUGUCAGUCCGCAGUGGUGCUCCUGAAGGGCUGUGGUCUGGGCGGGAGCUCCGUGGAGGCGGAGCUACAGAAGUGUUUCCUUGCCAACCUUGACCUGGAGGACCUCCGCACUGCCAUGGGGUUCCUGGUGUUUGGGUGUGAACAACAGAGAGCGGUCCUACCGAAUUAGGCUUGCUGUUGCUCUAAAGGUUUCUGUUGUGGUUUGAGUUCACUUUGGUAUUUUCAGAAGUGUGCACAAAGCAUCAUGUAUUUGACUACAGCUUUCAUCCCUUUCAACCUAUUCUCUGGAUGUGACAAGUGUGGGAAUUUGUUGAAGAUUUACUGUAGUAAUAGUAAACUUGGGGCUGAAGUUUUAUUGUGGUGUUCAUAAAAGCACUUUUAGUAUAAUCCUAAUUUGCAUGUGCCCAAUGCCAAGACUAGGGAUUACUGUGUAUAAUUGUGUCAGAUCUACAUUAAUGAUAGAACUCUCACUAAUCCUCAGUGUCCAUGUUUAAAUAAACAGAUCUUGACAUUGUAACAUGAGCAAAUUGUGAUAAACACGCUACUUUACAUAAGUGUAGAUGCUGCUAUAUUUAUACAAUGAAUUUAUUUUUUACAAGUGUGUAAUGACUACCCUUAAAAUGUGCUGAUUUACAGAAUCAGUAGGCUUGCUGCUCAGCACUAAAAAUAAACACUAAAUAUGGUUGCUUUCUUUAGCAUUAAAGCAGAAUCCUUUAUACAAGGUUGGAAAUCAUUUAACUAUUAAUUAAACAAUGUUAAGGUGGAUUUCCAACUAAUCAUUUGGGGUUAAUUUGGCAGUGUAGCUGUGUAGAAUAAAAUGGUCAUUACCAAAACAUGAGGAUGAUAUAAAACACAUUUCUGAAUUGCAAAUAAAAUUGUAAUUAUGAGUGUUA